AUGACUCCAUCCGAUACACACGACGAGGAAAGAGAUCAUAACAUUGUUCGUUCACAAAAAAUAUCAAAUGAAUUUUUCCAUCAUGCUGAACCAACAAAUAAUGUUAACAAUAAUUCUGGUAAGCCGUUUACAUUGUUUUCGGCUCCAAUGGCUGAAGAGAACUUAUAUUUCGGAAGUAGUGGACUAUCUGUACGAGGAGACAGUGAUCUUGAAUCUGUUCCGAAAGGUUUACGAAAAGCUAUUAUUGAAGGUUAUAAUGCUAAUUUGGUCCGUCUUCUUCUUCCUCCAGACAACAAAAAAUAUAGCCGUAAUGAUGAUGAUGACGAAGACAAAAAUGUUUAUCUUAAACAAAAGGAUGAUCCUCGUUUAGAUAAAAACCUUACUAUUCUUGAAUUUAUAUUAGCUUUUACACGUUAUUUAAAUAUUAUCUGUGAAGUUUUCCUCAACGACGUCAUGAAUUAA